AUGAACGCCUUCAGUUCUGCUUUGGAAAUCCUUACCCUAUAUGCUCAGCGCGGAAUUGUUGAGAAACAUGAUCGCUACGCUUUCUACCACCCGUCUGCCGAGGCGGUCGCCUCCAGUCUGAUGGAUAUGCCCUACAAGGUUAUAAAUACCAUUGUCUUCAACUCAAUCAUUUACUUUAUGACUAAUCUUCGACGUGAGCCCGGAGCAUUUUUCUUCUUCUUAUUUACCACUUUCCUUGCCGUUAUGGCGAUGUCUGGCAUCUUUCGAUCGAUCGAUUCUGCGUCUCGCACCCUGUCGCAAGCUAUGGUGCCGGCCGCGGUCCUCAUCCUGGCUCUUGUCAUGUUCACGGGGUUCGUCAUUCCCAUCGAUUAUAUGUUAGGAUGGUCCAGGUGGAUCAACUAUAUCGACCCUAUGGCAUACGUCUUCGAAUGUCUGAUGAUAAAUGAGUUCGCCGGCAGAGAGUACCUUUGCACAUCAUACGUACCGGACCCCUCAGUUUCCGGGUACGAAAAUGUUAAAAACAGCAACCGUAUAUGCUCUGCUGUUGGUGCUGUUGCUGGGCGUCAGAUUGUUCAAGGAACGGAUUACAUUAUAUCUUCCUUCCAGUAUUUGCCAAGCCACAAGUGGCGUAAUAUCGGGAUUUUGUUUGGAUUUAUCAUCUUUUUCCACGCUCUUUACAUGGGCUUCACCGAGUUUGUCACUGCGAAGAAAUCCAAGGGUGAAGUCCUAGUUUUUCGUCGUGGCUACAAGCCUGCUCAGUUUAAGGAGAGAAAAGACGACUCCGAGGCCAAUAUUCCUCUUUCUGCCGCCGUUGCUACAAAAAAUGCUACUGGGGGCGUGUCUGAAAAGGUCGUAGGUCUUAUUCAAGAGCGGACCAGUGUGUUUCAUUGGAGCGAUGUCUGCUACGACAUCAAGAUAAAAGGCGAGCCUCGCCGGAUUCUGGAUCAUGUAGAUGGCUGGGUGAAGCCUGGUUCUCUCACAGCCUUGAUGGGUGUAUCGGGCGCUGGAAAGACAACCCUCCUUGACUGCUUAGCCGAUAGAACUUCAAUGAACACUGGAUACGUCCAACAACAAGAUCUCCACCUCGAAACCACCACGGUCCGAGAAGCCCUCAACUUUAGUGCUCUCCUUCGACAGCCGAAACACCUGUCUCGAAAAGAGAAGCUUGCCUAUGUCGACGAGGUAAUUAAGCUCUUGGACAUGGAAGAAUACGCCGAUGCCGUCGUAGGCGUGCUCGGCGAAGGGCUUAACGUCGAACAACGUAAGCGGUUAACAAUUGGUGUUGAGCUUGCGACCAAGCCUCCACUAUUACUUUUUGUCGAUGAACCUACUUCUGGUCUAGACAGUCAGACUUCUUGGUCUAUCCUCGACCUCCUGGAGAAGCUGACAAAUAGCGGACAAGCUAUUCUAUGCACUAUCCACCAACCUUCGGCUAUCCUCUUCCAACGGUUUAAUCGGCUGCUAUUAUUGGAAAAGGGUGGGAAGACUGUCUACUUUGGGGACAUCGGCAACAGCUCCAAGACUAUGAUCUCUUAUCUCGAACGUAACGGCGCUCCGCCUUGCCCUGCAAAUGCUAACCCCGCCGAAUGGAUGCUGGAAGCUAUCGGUGCGGCUCCAGGCUCCACCGCUGACGUGAAUUGGCACCAGACCUGGCGUGAAAGUCCUGAGUUCGAUGCUGUCCAGACCGAGCUAAAAAGGCUUCAGGCCGACACUAAAAGCACUAUAGUCCAGACCGAAAACGAAGCGAAUUCGGGAGAGUUCGCAGCUCCCUUCAGCUUGCAACUUGAACAGGUCCUAUAUCGGGUCUUCCAGCAGUACUGGCGAACUCCGUCCUAUAUUUAUUCCAAGACCUCUCUUGUGACCUGCGUCUCAGCCUUCAUCGGCUUUGCAUUUUUCAAGGCCUCGAAUACUGUACAGGGCUUGCAGAAUCAGAUGUUCGCCAUUUUUAAUCUCCUGACAAUUUUCGGCCAAAUGGUGCAACAGACCAUGCCUUACUUUGUCGUCCAACGGGAUCUUUACGAGGUCCGCGAGCGUCCGUCGAAGGUUUACUCGUGGAAAGUCUUCAUGGUUUCCCAAAUACUUCCCAUUGGCCUGUAUAACAACGCGGAGCGAGAACACCAGGUCACGGAGCGCGGCGCCCUGUUCUUCCUUUUUCUCUGGGCUUUCAUGAUGUUUACAUCUACGUUCACAGAUUUUAUCAUCGCUGGUUUCCAGACCGCCGAGGCAGGUGCCAACAUGGCCAAUUUGUUGUUUAUGAUGUGCUUGAUAUUCUGCGGUGUUCUCGCCAGCCCUAAUAGUCUCCCACAGUUCUGGAUCUUCAUGUACCGGGUUUCGCCAUUCACCUACAUGGUUCAAGGUCUGAUGACAACAGCCGUCGCAAACACCAAUGUUGUUUGUGCCGCCAACGAGUACCUGCAUUUCGCGCCACCGGUCGGCCAGACGUGCGCCCGCUACAUGAGCGACUAUGUCGAUACUGCAGGAGGAUACCUGCAGAACCCUGACGCAACGGACACGUGCUCAUUCUGUACCAUAGGGAGCACCAAUACUUACCUCGGAGACCUUUAUGCUUACUACGGCCAGCGAUGGAGGAACUUUGGCAUCUUCAUGUACCCUAUCUUCAACAUCUCUGGUGCGGUGCUUGUGUACUGGCUUGCUAGAGUGCCCAAGAAGAGCUGCGCCAUCAGGAGAAGACAUGAAUCACUUAUCAGAGAAGGUAUUUGGGUGCUUGGGCGGUGGAUUCUAGAGGGAGUCAUCAUCUGUCGCCUUUUUGUAUUUAUCAACAUUUGA